AUGAUUUUGGAAACAAAUCCCGGAUCAGUAGUAGACAUUCAAACUGCAGAAGGCAAUAGAUUUCUAUAUGCUUUUAUGGCGCUCGAUGCUUCGAUAAAGGGCUGGAAAUAUUGCAGACCAGUGGUUGUAACAGAUGGUACUUUUUUAAAAUCAAAUUAUGGUGGAACUCUAUUGACAGCAUGCACACAAGAUGGAAACGGUAAAAUUUUUCCUCUAGCAUUUGCUAUUGUCGACUCUGAGAAUGACGCUUCAUGGGAAUACUUCUUUCGAAAGUUCAAAGAAGCUUUUGGUGAAAAGGAUGGACUUUGUAUCGUAUCAGAUAGAUGUGAAAGCAUUUCUAAGGGAAAAAACAAGCUAUUUCCUCAAGCAAGUCACGGGAUAUGUAUGUUUCAUCUUCUGAAUAAUCUGAAAUCUAAAUUCAAGAAUAAAGAUAAUAAGGUUAAAGAAUGUUUUUAUGCUGCUGCAAAGUCAUACAUAGUUAUGAAGUUUGACUACCACAUGAAGGAGCUUGAUAACAUAAAUGUACAAAUUCGACCCUACCUAAUGAAAAUCGGAAAAGAAAAAUGGGCAAGGGUGUACUCAAAAUUCCCAAGGUACUCAACAAUGACAUCAAAUAUUGCUGAGUCUAUGAAUGCAGCUAACAAAGCAGCUAGAGAUUUACCGGUAACAACACUUCUAGAAUAUUUGAGGAGUUUGAUUCAAAAUUGGAGUUACACAAAUAGGACUAUUGCAGCAUCUACAUUUACAAAGCUGACAAAUAGAGCAGAAGAGCAGCUCAGAGAAAACUACUCAUAUUCUUUAAGAAUGAAGUUCACACCAUCAAUGACAGCUUUAUACAGUGUGCAAGAUGGAACUAACACAUACAUAGUCAAGCUAAAGGAAAAGACAUGCACAUGCAUUUAUGAGGGUGUUGUCUAUCCAAUGCCAAGCAAAAACAAUUGGGAUAUAUCUGCUGAAAUUGAAGGAAUGACAGUUCAUCCACCUAUAGCACUAGUACCAGCUGGAAGACCAAGAAAACAAAGAAUAAAGUCAUCAGCGGAAGGGAAACAGAAAAACAAAUGUGGAAGAUUAAUUGACAUUAUACACAGAGUAUUCAUUGAUUGUUUCUAG